AACACGGCUCCACCCCCCCCCCCCAAAAAAAAGUAUUUCUGUUUAAUCCGCAGCCUCGUAAAAUAGCUGCGAGGGUUGGACUUGUUAGAGCAUCUUAGUUCUGGUGGCUUUAACCGCAGGGUGAGCGCGCCGCACCUCAAAGUCCACGCUUCAUUUGAAUCCAGUCCCGAAAGCCGGCGAACUGGGCGUGCUGACUGCGGACGAGGCUCGUGAGCUCUAAUCCUGGCGCCCCCCCGCUGUGUUCGUAUUAUCCGGCCGGAUUAGACGGAUACCUGCGUGCGCGUUUGCCAACGCGGUGGCUCAACUUUUGACUUGGUAACAGCGACGGGUCAAAUAAUCCCGUGGUACGAUCUGGGAAACACAGUCCUAAUGUUUUUUUUAAUUGUUUCCUGGCCGUUUGGUAGUUGACAACAGAUUAAAUCCAGGUGCUUGUUGUGCUGCUUCAUAAACUAUUUAGUUUGUGUCAGAUUUCAACAACCAAAAUGAAAAAAUAACAAUGAGAUCUUCCAUAAUUACAAGAGUAUGCAGUAAUAAAUAAUUAUUUGAAGCAUAGUCUGUAUAGAAGUGGACGUAGCUUACGUGACGUCAGGUUGUCAAUUAAUGUCAGUUAAUGUCUUUGUAACAGACCUGUCAAUCACUGUUUGCCCCAAGAGAGAGAGAAGUAGUCAUUUUCUCAUAAACUUCUAUGAAAACCGAGGAGUCGCCCCCUGGUGGCCACUACAGAAAAUACAGAUUAAAAGGGCACCUUCAUAUUGGUUUCUCUCAGCAAACUGGUUCAAGCCAUGAAAAAUAGGGCCAAUUUCAAACAGUUGAUGGCAUUUUUAGUUAUUUUCAACCGUAAACUGCAGAUUUUUAUACAUUUUGCUAAGAAAUGUCAAUAUUAACGGCAGCAUUGGUCUGUUUUAACAAAGAUUUGUCGGACAAAAUGAGCAAAACUCAAAAAUAUUCUAUUUACAGUCACAUAAAAGGGAGAAACACAUUGAAUCCUUAGAAUUGAGAGGUGACCAAGUCUGAUGGGUUUACCAAGAACAUCUUAUCUAACCUCCACCAACCACGCCCUCACAUGGAGGUCUCCUUCUCCUUCUUCAGCAUCUCAGCCUUAAACACCCUCAGACGGCUGUGAUUGAGUGACCCUGGUUCAACCCACUUAAAUGGUGCAUUAAAGAGAAUUAACUACACCAUAACCGCAUGGUACUGUAGCACAUGACAUGGUUCAUUUAUUCCCCUUAAGUGGAUCCAUAAGGAGCGACGGAAUGAAAUGGAGGCUGUAGAGUAGACAACAAAACACUGAAUAAAGGAAAGACAAGGUGAAGCUUCACGUUGAUGUCUACUCUUUCAUCUGUGACCCUCUUCACCUGAUGUGUCUCCAGCAUGUCGGCCAUGUGACUAAACUUCUCUUUGAAAUGAGUUUGUUCUCACACUGAGCCAGAAGUCUCCUUCAGGAGCCCUUAAAUCCACAAAACACAGCUUCGUUCCUCUGUGGAUUCUGGAGGUUUCAUUAAAAACGUGAAGAAUCAUUUUUAUUCUUCAAAUGUUCACAUUUCUGUCCUGUAGAUAUAUUGGAUGUAUAAUAAGCACAUAUCUAAAAUGUCCCCACCUAAUUUGCACAUGAAGACAUAACAACACAUAUAAAAAGUCAAAUGUUCCACUGUUUAUUCUCCCGUUAAACUGAUUAAUUAACUCAUCCUGCAGAGAAAGAUGCCUGACUGAAUUCCAUCUGAAGUCAAUGCGCGUGCUGCUACCGCCGCCUGCUGGACGCAGUGCCCCGGUGCAUUGUGGGAUUCAUCACGUGUCAUGUGCCACAUGAUAUCAGGGUGGCGCUUUCUAAACGGAUCACAGCAGUAAUUUAAGGAGUUCAUAAAGGAGGGGGGCACACAAGUGGGAGACCUGAAGAGCCGGUUGGAAGUCUCGUUAAAGAGAGAGAGAGAGGGACGGAUCAUGUUCGGAUCAAUGGCGGCACUCUGACACUUCCCCAAAGAGCACACAGAGCAACAAAGACGCAGCUGUAACAUCAGGGCGGCCUGCUGGAAGCAGCAGUGUUGUGUUGCACAACCCACACCCGCCAACGCCCCCAACACCCCUGGCCUGUGAAUGCGAACAUGAGACAUUCUAGCUGGUCAAUAACAAGAACUCUUAAUCACACCAAAAUCACCAACGGCGUCCUGCGUUUUUUUCCAGAGGCUUGAUUAUACUUCGGCGGCGUCAUCGAUCUCGUGCUCGGCGGAACAAAACUACAACUUGCAGAUAAUUGCUCGAGGGUACUUUGGGAUCAAUACCGACGCGUCAGGCCCUAUUGGAAAGUGUCUGGCGAUUGCUCGCCACAUCAAUCCGACCACCACAGAGAGCCGUUUGCUACGGCCGCCGCCCUGCCCUGCUCCUCGUUGUGUAGACCAGAUACCCCCCCUUCUUCCUCAUUGUCCUCUUCGGGCUCCUCAAACUAAACAACAAAAAGAAGGCAACACCCGAUCGGUUUGGUGGAACUUUGUGAAACCGCUCUGACGGAGGAGGGCGUCGGCCCCUGUGUGGUUCUCGCGGUUCUCGGGGUCUGUGGAUAUCCUCUGGGGACCAGCAAAAGCUGCUCGCGCUGGAUGCAACGCGGCGGACAGGGCGGCUGCGAUGGUAGACGAUGAGUCCUCCUGGAGGCCAUGGAGGGCGGCCCGGAGAACAUCCCCUUGGGAGUGUGCACCGUCUCCCAGUCCAGGGACCAGCUGACCCCCCCGAGCCGCACAGAGAGCACCGUGUUCAGCCUGUCGCGCAGCGAGUCCGCCUGGACCGCCGAGACCUCCCCCGGCAAGUGCGAGGAGUUCUGGUUCGCCAUCCACCUGAUGUCCACCGGGGGCAGCUUCCUGGCGUGCGGCGUCAUCAUCAGCGGCCUGUGGUUCGCGGGCCAGUGCCAGAAGGCGACCAGCAUCCUGGGUCCGGUCCUGCUGUCCGUCGGGCUGAUGGUGUUGGUGGUGGGCGUGGUCCUGAUCCCCAUCACCAAGGAGAACCGGAAGCGGACGAGCACGAAGAAGCCCCUCGGCCACUACAGGCCUCCGGCGUUCAACCUGUGACCUCGUUCAGAGCCAGAAACAUUGAGAGCGCGCUGGAUGCAAAUGAACUUUUUUUACCUGUGGAAACUCAGAAUGAAAAUACUCAAAUCCCCCGGGAUUGAAUUUGUGUGCAUGAAACAGUUCCCAACUUGGCGACGUUCUCGCUAAACCCGCCGACCUUUUAUUGUCAAAUCUAGCGACUUUCUAUUGUUUUAUUGUUCUUGUUCUAAUAACCUCAUUAUGACGCCGCCACAGCUACAGGUUAUUCUUUUGUUUCUUAUUCAGAUAACACCGCAUCAUUCGGACAAAAGUCACGCUGGCCCACUGACCAAUCACAGCGCAUGUUCUGCAACAGUCCAUUAAAAGUAUGCAACUUAUGGCUAUGACGCCAUUUAACGACUUCUGCCGACUUUUAUGACAUCCAGCAGGAACUUUCCUGGCUGAGGAGUUGGCGACACCGGCAUUAAAAAACAUUGUGCAUAAAUAACCACGGAGCAGGUGAGAGUACGAGGACGAGCUGGAUCAAAAAAAGCCAACAUGUGCUCAUGAAUAUCCAUGAGCGGAAAGUGGACAUGGGGGAUUUCCUGAUACUGUUGGUACAGUGUAUUCGGACCCAUUAAUAAUUAAAGAUUUAUGAGAGUU